CCUGUUUUGCCUUGAAUAGGUGACUCCAGCAGUUGCAACCAAAAAUUAUCAGAGCCUUCUGUCCCCCGCCAUACAACCAUUCGCCUUUUUCGGCGCUGCACCUUGCAUCACCGUAGAGGUGCCUCAAUGACUGCCCGGUGACAAUUGUGGCAGCUCUAGAGAUAGUGAGAGGAUCUCUAGACGCCAAAUCUCGACAAUCAACUACUUCUAUCUUGCAUCAUGCUGGUGACGAAGCCGGUCGCAGAGCUAUGCGCUCUGCUUAUUGACGAGCUUUAUGGCGAACUCCCCUCAAGAAUCUUUGCGACCCUGCUCAGCAAGGGUAAGUCAACCUUGCCGCAACUCGCGCUGCAUACCUCGAUGACCCCGCGCCAGCUGCGCCAUGGUCUCGCCGUCCUCCAACAGCACAACCUGCUGUUCUACCAUCUCGACCCGGGCGCCGAAUUUGCAUCCUACGAGGCGAACGGCGAGCACGCGUACAACCUUGUACGCAUUGGCAAAAUUCUUGACAUGAUCGACUCAUCUUUCGGGGCCCCUGCGAAGGAUGUCAUACAGAACCUCCUUCUCUCUGGGCAGACAAGGAUAGCAGACCUGGUCGCCGCGUACCAGGAGAAGAUCGAGCAGGCGAACAGGACCACAGCUCUUAUGGGGGGAAAUGGCGAAGUUGAAUCUGAGCCGAACGGAGUAAACGGAGAUUCUCGGCCAGCCAAAAAGGGGGGACCGUUGGUUAAAAGCACUGCUCAUCUGAACUCGAUCAUCUGCCGGCUAGUUGAGGCUGAGCUGAUCGAUGUCGUUCAUGCGAAGACUUUUGAAAGCCCCACGGACAUCCUGAAGGUUGUAGAAAAGGAGGUCAUGGACAGGUACUUCCCCACCGGAGUAAAGGGAAACAAGGCCAAGGUCGAGCUGCAGCAGAGGAUCGCCGAAGGCCUUCGCAAAGUCCGUGGCGAGUCUAAGUCACUUAAACGGAAGCUGGAACAGAACGGUUCGGCGGCAAAGAGACGGAAACUUUUAGCAGGGCUAAGCGGCAUGACGAACGGCGUCCACGACGAGGAUAUGGACCCUGCUUUGGAUCCGAAACAAGUCAUCAGGAUAAAUUAUGAGAAGUGUCUCGUCGAGUUGCGCAAUCGGCGACUUGUCCAAUUUGCAAGCGACAUGCUUUCAGAGACAACGGCAUACGUAUACGGUGUGCUGCUGAAGUUACUCACCAAGGAUCUACCCCGUUGCCGGCCGGAUUCUGUGAUGGACGUCGAGGAGGAUGAAGAUGAAGACCAGAGGAAAGGCCCGGGGUUUGUGACGACCGAGCAAAUUCUCGACAACCUGAAGACAUCGGUCGACCUAUCUCUGGGAAUAGGGAAAGCAGAGAUGAAGCACAUCUCUCUCAGUGCUGCCGAGACCAUCAGACAGUACCCGCCGGAGAAGAAGCCGAAAAUCGAAGAGGCGGAAGUGGAAGGUGAAGCUAGCGAAGACGAAGAGGAAGAAGACGAGGGCGCCGGUGAAGAGCCUGAGCACGACGCUGAUUACAAAGCCCCGAUGGCGAACGGGACGAACGGCGUGAAUGGCACAAACGGCGCAAAGGUCAAGUUCGACGAUUCGGCAGGCUCCAAGGAGCAGCGGAUGGACCGGCCUACACAACUUCGGCAACACCUCCUUUUACUAACAGAGAGCACCCAGCGGUUUGUCCGGCACUGCGGGCCAAACGAGUGGACUGUCGACUUCCCCCCUUUGAUGAACGCUCUGCGAGAGGUCGAGCUCGACUCGGUGAUUGAGCGGACCUCUGGCCGGCAAGGUCUCCGACUCGUGCGCAUCCUCCGAGCGAAGGGCAAACUCGACGAGAAGGCCCUGCCCAACGUUGCGCUGAUGCGCAAGUCGGAGCUGCAGCAGAAGAUGCUGGAGAUGCAGACGGCCGGCUUCGUCGACGUGCAGGAAGUUCCCCGCGACGUCAAGGCCGACGUUAAGAAGUCGUUCUUUCUGUGGUUCUGCGACGUGGACCGCACGCUCGACCGCCUGCUGGAUACUAGCUACAAGACGAUGGUGCACUGCAUCCAGGUGCUUGAGGCGCUCCGGCAGAAGGAGAGGGACGUGCUCGAGACGACCAAGCGCACGGAUGUCAGGGGCCGGGAGAAGGAUACGAUGCGCAAGGAGUACUACGAGCGAUACUCGAGGUUUCUCGAGUGCGAGCGCAGGCUGUUUGCCCAGGUCGCGAGGGUGGAUGACCUGGUCUCGGUGCUGAGGGACUUUUAGAGAAGAGCUCCAUGCGGCCGUUCCCGUGUGGUCAUAAUUACCUGCUUACUUUGGUGGUGGUCAAAGUCCCAGUCACAGUUUUCUGCAUCGGCGGGCGUAGUUGGCAGGGAUCGGAUCUCAAAACAUCGGGUUCUUGAAUGCAUAUGGUUGGCGUUAUGGUCCUGGAUGGUCUCUGUAUUCUGCGUUCCGAGGUACUAUCUGGUUUUGAAGUCCAGCCAUCAACAAAAAAUCUUGGGAGAGAGGAUAUCUUGGGAAACUCGAUGUUGCCCAGCUACCCAGCUUCUAUUGUAUGAUAUAGAAAUUGGGUGGCUUUUGCAGCGCAGGGGAAGAGCUUUUAAAUUUGUAGUACUCGUCUAUAAUCAGGAUGGCCUUUUCUAUCGCCUUUCUCAACUACUGCGCUCUGUCCUUUUUCAGGUUGCUGAGCUGC